GGCUGCCGGGCGGUGCUGCACCCCCGGCGGCAGCCCCGCCGCACCUCCGCGCCCGGGGCGGCUCCGCGCCCGCCGGGUGCCGGCGGCUCUCCCGGAGGCGGCUCUGCGGAGGGCACGGACGGCCGCGGGAUCCGGGGCACCGCGGGGACAUGUCGGCGGAGCGGCCCGGAGACUAUGCCUUCAGUAAAGCUCUGUGGAAGAUAGAUGUGUGUGCUGCAAUGGUGACAUAAAUAUUUCAGAGGACUGGAACACGUUGAGAAUCUUUGUUUGUUUUUCAUGCUGCUGUUGAGAGCUAUCUAAGGCAAGUAAACACCAUGAGUUUUAUCCUGAAACUUCACAGACAUUUUCAAAGAACAGUAAUUUUACUGGCCACUUUUUGUAUGGUGAGCAUAGUCAUUUCUGCCUACUACUUGUAUAAUGGCUACAAACAGGAAAAUGAGCUUCCUGAAACCUCUUCAGAUGUGGAAUGUGGUGAUCCUCACCUGUUGCCCUACAAGCUGAUGGAGAUGAAGACCACGAAGCCUGCUGACCCCCUGAGGACAGACCUUGUGGUGCUGGUGUUUGUGGAAAGCCAGUACUCAACCUUAGGCCAAGACAUAAUAACCAUUCUGGAAUCCAGCAGGUUCCAGUUCCACAUUGAGAUUGCAUCUGGGAAAGGUGACCUCCCGGUGCUCAUGGACAAAAACAGAGGCAAAUAUGCUCUCAUAGUGUACGAAAAUAUCCUAAAGUACGUGAAUAUGGACUCUUGGAACAGAGGCCUUCUAGAUAAGUACUGUGUGGAGUAUGGCGUAGGUGUGAUCGGAUUCCACAAGGGCAGUGAGAACAGCCUGCAGAGCUUCCAGCUGAAGGGAUUUCCUUUCCAUGUCCACAGCAAUCUGGCUGUUAAGGACUGUUGCAUUAACCCUCAUUCCCCACUGCUCCAUCUGACUAAACCUUCCAAGCUUGAGAAAGGGCCCUUGCUUGGAAAUGACUGGGCCGUUUUCCAGGUUAAUCACACAGCUUAUCAGCCAGUGGUGUUUGCAAAAGUAAAGGCACCAGAAAACCUUUCUCCACCUGCUGCUGUCAGUGCUCUCUAUGCCACAGUAAUUCAUGACUUGGGGCUCCACGAUGGGAUUCAACGAGUCCUUUUCGGCAAUAACUUGAAUUUUUGGCUGCACAAGCUGAUUUUCAUAGAUGCCAUCUCUUUCCUCUCUGGAAAGAAGCUCACACUGUCCUUGGACAGGUACAUUCUGGUUGACAUAGAUGAUAUCUUCGUUGGCAAGGAUGGAACGAGGAUGAACACCAACGAUGUACAGGCCCUGCUUGAUACUCAGAAUCUUUUGAGAGCCCAGAUUACAAAUUUUACUUUCAACCUGGGAUUUUCAGGAAAAUUCUACCACACAGGGACUGAGGAGGAGGAUGAGGGCGAUGACCUGCUGCUGAGAUCUGUGGAUGAGUUCUGGUGGUUCCCCCACAUGUGGAGUCACAUGCAGCCACACCUCUUCCACAAUGAGUCCUCUCUGGUGGAGCAGAUGAUGCUCAACAAAAAAUUUGCCUUAGAACACGGAAUUCCAACUGACUUGGGCUACGCAGUGGCUCCACACCACUCAGGAGUCUACCCAGUACACGUCCAGCUUUACGAUGCCUGGAAAAAGGUCUGGAACAUCAGGGUCACCAGCACUGAGGAGUACCCACAUCUGAAACCUGCACGGUACAGGCGAGGCUUCAUCCACAGGAACAUCAUGGUGCUUCCUAGACAAACUUGUGGCUUAUUCACCCACACCAUUUUCUAUAAGGAGUAUCCUGGAGGUCCAAAGGAAUUAGACAAAAGUAUUCAAGGAGGAGAGUUGUUCUUCACAGUGGUUCUCAAUCCAAUCAGCAUCUUCAUGACCCACCUGUCCAACUACGGCAACGACCGCCUGGGCCUGUACACCUUCGUCAACCUGGCCAACUUCCUCCGCACCUGGACACACCUGAAGCUGCAGACCCUUCCCCCGGUCCAGCUGGCCCACAAGUAUUUUGAGCUGUUCCCUGAGCAGAAGGACCCUCUCUGGCAGAACCCCUGUGAUGACAAACGGCACAGAGAUAUCUGGUCUAAGGAAAAAACCUGUGAUCGGUUACCAAAAUUCUUGGUUGUAGGACCCCAGAAAACUGGUACUACAGCCUUGUAUUUGUUCCUGAUCAUGCAUCCUUCCAUCAUUAGUAAUUCCCCCAGCCCAAAAACCUUUGAGGAGGUACAGUUCUUUAAUAGAAAUAACUACCACAGGGGGAUUGAUUGGUACAUGGAUUUCUUUCCCACUCCUUCUAAUGUCACCACUGACUUCCUCUUUGAGAAAAGUGCCAACUAUUUCCAUUCUGAGGAAGCUCCCAGGAGAGCUGCUUCCCUCAUCCCCAAGGCCAAGAUCAUCACCAUCCUCAUCGACCCGUCCGACCGCGCCUACUCCUGGUACCAGCAUCAGCGAUCCCACGAAGACCCCGCAGCGCUGAAAUUCAGCUUCUAUCAGGUGAUCACAGCUGGCCCUCGGGCCCCCUCUGAGCUCAGAGCUCUGCAGAAGAGAUGCCUGGCACCUGGAUGGUAUGCCACCCACAUUGAAAGAUGGCUCGCUUACUUCCCACCUUACCAGUUGCUCAUUAUUGAUGGACAGCAGCUGAGAACAGACCCAUCUACUGUGAUGGAUGAAGUGCAGAAGUUUCUGGGAGUCUCUCCUCAUUAUAAUUACUCUGAAGCCCUAACGUUUGAUUCACAUAAAGGAUUCUGGUGUCAGCUCUUGGAAGAAGGAAAAACCAAGUGUCUUGGAAAGAGCAAAGGCAGAAAAUACCCUCCUAUGGAUGCUGAGUGCAGGGCCUUUCUGUCGAGCUACUACAGAGAUCACAACGUGGAACUAUCAAAACUCCUCCACAAACUGGGACAACCCUUGCCAUCGUGGCUGAGACAGGAGUUGCAGAAAGUGAGAUAGCAUUGGAAAAAAGCUUUUUGAAAUCUCCUUCCACACUUCAGUCGAAAUACCUGAACUUUCCAGCAGCUACCAGAAGGUCUUGUAAGAUAUACCUCUUCAAAAAAGUGUAAAGGAUAGAAAUUAUUUCCAUAUGCUGGCAUGUGGAUUGUAAAAAUACGUGUGUUCCUUAGAGCUCUGGUGGGCCAAACCUUUCUCAUGAACAUUUCUGGGCCUGUGGACUUGUGGACUAGUGUGCACAUAUGUGGAAGUUAUUUACAACUGGUAUAAGCGUCAGAGAUACAUGACCUGUCCAAUUUCACGGUAAAUAUUCACCUUUUUAUACAUCACUUCUUAUUGUGUCCCAUGUAGGUUUUGUAGCCCUUUGUUGUUGGACCACUGGCAGUUUUUCUUAGGAUUUGAUGAUUGUGUUGCAUAGGAUAACUUAAUGAAGCCCCAAAUGCCCAGAGUACUUGUGCCUUUGGGAUGAGAGUGCCCAGAGCCUGUGCAGACGGGGGAGCAGUACAGUCACAUGUAUCAUUUAGCUGGGCAUGGCAGCAAAUGCACCCAGCAACAUCUGCAGCCCACAGUGGAGAAAGAAAACCACAAACAAGGCAGACAGAGCCUGUGAUGGUAGCCAGCAACAACAAACCCCUGCAGUGUGGGGAGGGCCUUUGUCCGUACUUGGUGUGUCUGAUUUUGUACUGACUGAGGUGGGAAUUAUCUGAGCAGAAAUUUGGAUAUGUGAAGCUGCAGUAUUAGACUUGAACAAUUGUGACCCCAGCUUAAGGAAGAGGCUUUCACUCCUGGCUCUGUGAGCAGCCAGGUCUGAACACUGCACUCUGGGUUUACAUUGCUGAGUCAGGAGCGACUCCACUGAAAUGCGUGAAAAAUUCCUAAAAAGCAGAAACAGAUCCUUACUUCUAUUGCCUUCAUUUGCACCACUAUUUUUUCCUUAUUUGCCUCUAACCCAUGCUUUUUCCCCCUCAACCUCAUCAGAACUGUAGCAUCUUUCUGCAACCUUCAGAUGACACCAGCUGCAAAAAUCACCAGAUUUCCGGAUGAAAAUACCAUUAGGGUUUCCAGACACAUUAAACAUGUUUAAUAAUAUUAAAAAUUAGGAAUAAGCUUUAGAGGGGACAAAUACAAACACGGUGUGUAGUCAUGGUAGAAAAUGAGACUUGAAUCACGGGAGAACACAAAUGUCUGCCCUUGCAGGCAGAUGUCUCUGUGACAGUGCUCAGCAAUGCAUCUCUCAGUGCAUCACUUCAGACGCAGAUGAGGUCUAGCAGUAGUGCUUAGAAGCUGAGGAGGAUCAUUGGAAGCUUCAGCUGAGUGUGGCCUCACUGCUCCCCACUGAACUUUGGCUCUGAGGGCUGCUAAAGGCAUGAGGGGUCAGUGGGAACAAAGAACUACAGCAUUAAUGCCAGGCUUUGUACAGGAGCUGUGUAAGGCUUUCAUCAUUUGGUUCAGGGUGAACACUUAGGAACAUGCAUCAGAUGGUGGAAAAACUUCCUGUGUCUCAGUGCUGGUUUACGACAUUAAUGUAAUCAUGCAAUUUAACUUGCAAGGUAAUGGAAUGGAAACCAGUCUGUUAUUCCCUAAACAGAGAACAGCUGUUGAGAUCAUUACCGUACCUCUAACUGGUAAUCUUUAUUAUUUAUUGAUUUUGUCUAUGUAAUACGUGGUUUUGAUAGGCCUGUAAAGAAAAAAAGUCUAGACAAAUUUGCUGUAUAUAACGAUGUUCUUUACACAGCAAAGUUUUGCUAAGGGAACAUGCAUGAUUAAGGAGGAGGGCCUACUAGAGUAGGCAUUUCUUAAGAUGAACAUUUCUAUCAUUUAUCAUUUCACUUUAAAUAUUCAGUCAUGUGGAUUUGUCUCAAAAGCUGACUUGUCUUAAAGUACUUCCUAUUUGAUAAAAGAAACAUUCUGGAUUCUGAACAUCUGUAAAAGCAAAUACUCUGCAUGCCACGGACAGCUCGUGCAUCCUGCAAGCAUCCAUAUAGAUUUGUUACAGCUAAAUUGAAUAACUGGAGAAAAUACCUGGGGUUUUCAUCCUGUCAUGAUUGAUUUUGCUCUCGAUACAACCUGGUGUAACAUCACUCAAAUGUUCUAAAAAUGCAGGGAUUGCACAAAGCUCCUGUUGCGCAUUGCUGCCUCAGUUACUCCAUGUUCUUCAGUGAAACAGCGUUAUAAAAUAAAGGAAAAUGGGGAAAACCUUGGGCACUGUCAAGGGCCUGAUGUUUUCAGGGUGAGAACACAGACUGAGUGCCUCCUACAUGCGGUAGGAAUGGCCUCCAGCCACAUUCCUCGUUCACUCUUUGUUUUAAAGAAUCCCCUCUCUGUCUUCUUGCCCUGGGAAAGCAAGGCCCUGACACACUGAGAACGAGUGGGCAGUCAGGGACAGAGUGUGACAUGGGGCACACUGUCCCCUGGGGCAUUUUGCAGCCCGUCUGUGGUCACCAGGAGGCACUGGGACAAUAAAUCCUCCACAUGCACAGCCUUGGCCUUGGCUGGAUUAUUAGUAGCUUGUACAGGAUGGUAGGAAGGCCUGGGGGGUUUAUCCCAGAACUGUGCUAUUGAGAUGCAUUCUUACAUUUAACAGGAGCCUUUCCUAAGCCCUUUGAGCAUGCAGCCCCCUGGUGAAGGAGGAGGCUGAGCACAGCCGUGCAGCACAGCUGGGUGCAGCCAGGGCGUGCACACGAGUACAGCUGAGUGCCAGGGCAGAGCACACCAGAUACCUGACCACGUGUGACGACCCCUGCUCACACUCACCUGCAACCAGUGUUUGGUUUCCAGAAGUACACUGUCAGUAUUAACACUCUUAGAAGCCCAGAUUUGUUACAACACUUGUGUUUGCUCGUCCAAGUCAGGUGUUUCGUUGUGGCUGGUGACACAGCCGUGGUUUCUCCUGCCCUGGUGGGUAACUGCCCGGCCACUGCUUUACCAGCUGUGGGAUUGGGUGAGUUUCAUCUUAUUUGCAUUUGCAUUUGUGGUUCUGAGAUUUGCUUUCUGCAGACAUCAGGGCCAUUGGAAAACAACGUGUGGUUCUGAGCAGAUACUCACCAUUUGGGGGUGGAAACACAGAGCCUGAUCUGAAAUCACUUAAUUAUUGGAGCUGACGUUCCUGAGAAUACUGUGACAUUUUCCCAGUUCUACUUGUGCAGAAAGAAUGAGUUUGAAUGAUUUGCAGACUGUCUUGUACAGAAUAUCCUUUUUCAUUGCUUAAAAAUGUGAAACUUCCUCAGGAAGAAAUUAAAUAGAUAUUUCAAUGUUUAUAGAUGUAAUACUCUUGUCAUUCACAUUGAAUGAAAAUUGCUGGAAACAUUUUUCUCAGAGUUUUUUUUAAAUAAAAAAUAGAUAUUAUUCUGAUAGUGGCAUGGUAUUUGAAGUGCAACAAUAAACUCUGAUAAGAAAAUGUAGUGCUGUGUGGAAGUAACU